AUGACGUCGGCACUACGCGCCUACAUCGUGGAGGUCACUGGCGUGUCAUCAAACAUGGCGGCCUCCUUGCUGAGCAGGAGGACAGCCCUAUCCUUCAGCUUUACAAAAUUAAACUCACUUCUUCCAGCUGCAGUCCUUCAAAUCGCGAACUACAACCCCAGACCCCUCCGGCUGAAUAUAAAGGAUCCUUAUAUACCGGAUAAGGAGAGCGAGAGGACGCCAGAAUGGCAGAAGACGGAGAAGUUUGAGCGCAGGCUGUUCGGCCGCUACGGACGCGCGUCUGGAGUGAACCCGGCCAAACUGUGGCCCUCCGCGGCCCGGCUGGAGGAGCUGACGGCCGAGGAGAGAGAGUGGCACCCUCCGCUGGAGCAGAUGCUGCAAAACAUCGCGGAGAGGCAGAUGGAGAAGGAGAAGAGGCGCAUACAGAGAGAAAAGACGAUCGCUGAAAGCAUGGCCAAAAUGCCCAAGCUGAUCGCCGACUGGAAAAAGCAGAAGAGGGAGGCCAAGCAGAAGGCAAACGAGGAGAAGCAGAAGCAGGAGCGACUGCUGGCCGUGGCGAGGGAGCGCUUUGGUUUCGCUGUGGAUCCUCGCAGCGUAAAGUUCAAAGAGAUGGUGGCUGAAAUCGAGAAAGCAGAGAAGAAGCAAAGGAAGCUUCUGAAACGCCAGAAAAGAGAGGAGGAGCAGGCCUCGAUCACACCCACAGCUGAUUCCAGCCAAUAACCAGGACUUUUAUAUGGUGCUACUGUUUUGUAAAAUAGCUUUUUUUUGUAUCAUUGUAACUAUCCCAGUAUGUUUCAUGUAAUUAAUAAAGUCACUGGAACAACA